AUGGAGCCGGUGGCAUCAAUGUCUGAAGGAGAUUGGAGCUCCUUCAGCGGAAUGUGUUUUACUGAGGAGGCUGAUUUCAUGGCACAGUUUCUCGGUAACUGUUCACUUCCGAAUGAGCUACCAGGUAGUUCAAACUAUGGUGCUUCCUCCAGUUUUUGGAAUGGUCAUGAUCAUGAAUCCAACAUGAACAUGGAAGGAGUUCCUAUGUAUUCUUCAAAUGAUAGUAUGUAUAGUGGCGGUAGUGGUAUUCUCUUCCACCCUCCAAGUCAUGAAACUUACUAUCCAAGUUAUUCUCGGCCUAUCUUGAUGAGAAAUGAUAGUUCAAUAACGACAGAACAUGGUGUGAUGGAUGCUAGUAAUCCAAUUGAAGGAGAUGACUUCCUUAACCAAGAUGUCAGUAAUGACAGCAUGGAGUUUGAUGUAAACAUGAAUGAAGCUGUUCUUGAUGGAAAAGUCUUGCAGCUAGGAAGAAUAGAUUAUGAGCAAUUUCCGAGAGAUAAAAUGGAUCAUAGUCCAUCAGACAGCUCUAAGAAAAGAGCCCUGUUGCAUGGUCCUGUUCCAAAGAACAAGAGAAGCACAAAGCUGCAAAUGGACCUUAAAACUGGCGAUAUGGAUGGAAAAAACAAGGCUGUCCUUCAGAGACAGAACUCUGUGAUCAGUUGCUGCUCAGUAGAUGAAUCUAAUGUUUCUCUCAAGUUGACCCAAAAAUCCAGAGCCAGCAGGGGUUCAGCAACUGACCCUCAAAGCUUGUAUGCUAGGAAAAGAAGAGAGAGAAUUAAUGAGAGAUUGAAGAUCUUACAGAGUCUCGUCCCUAACGGAACUAAGGUUGACAUCAGCACCAUGCUUGAAGAGGCAGUCCAGUAUGUCAAAUUUUUGCAACUACAAAUCAAGCUCUUGAGCUCUGAUGAUCUAUGGAUGUAUGCUCCGAUUGCGUACAAUGGAAUGGACAUUGGGCUCGAUCGGAGGAUUGGCGUUCCAAAAUGAUAACGUUGAAAAGAUCAAGACAUGGUUGUUUUGGAUUUCUGUAAUUAAAUUGAGAGCGU